AUGGACUUCAAGGAGUGCAUGGCGACGUCGAAUUCUCUUCACCCUUCUCCCCCACCAGAGCGACCUCAAGUUGCCGACGAUCCCGCAUUCGACCAGACAGAGGGUCCGGAAUUCUAUAAGCCCAUUGAUGAAUAUGAGGGACUGCACCGCUGGGACCCGGACUUUGUGUGGGACGAACACGAGGAGAGGAGGAUUGUUCGAAAGCUCGACCUUCGCAUCCACACCUUUGCCUGCGUGACCUUCUUUGCACUGCAGUUGGACCGAGGGAACAUCGUUCAGGCCCUGUCAGAUAAUAUGCUGGACGAUCUCAAAAUGAAUACCAACGACUAUAACACAGGCCAAAGUAUUUUCUACUUGACCUUUCUCUUUGCAGAGCUACCCUCACAGUUGAUCUCUAAGAAGUUCGGGUCUGACCGCUGGAUCCCCGCCCAGAUGGUGAUAUGGAGUGUGGUGGCUUCCUGCCAAGCGUUUCUUAAAGGACGGGCCUCGUUCUUCGCAUGCCGUGCCCUACUGGGGUUGAUCGAGGGUGGCUUCAUUGCCGACACAAUCCUUUUUCUGUCGUACUGGUAUAAAUCGAAAGAGCUCCCCCUUCGACUGGGAUUCUUUUGGAUGACCUACGAACUCACCGCCAUCGUCGGGGCCUUUUUGGCUUUUGGGUUCUUGCACAUCAAAAACGGCGACGGAAGCUGGCGCUACCUCUUCGCUCUGGAGGGCCUGUUAACUGGUCUUAUUGGUAUAUUCGCUGCGUUUUAUAUGCCUCCGUCGCCCACGCAAACGGCUGGCUUCUUUCGUGGCAAACAUGGGUGGUUCUCGGAACACGAAGAGAAGAUCAUGGUAAAUCGCGUUCUACAUGAUGACCCCAGCAAAGGAGGCAUGCAUAACCGGCAAGCAGUGACCCCGAAGUUGCUGUGGGACUCACUCUUUGACUACGAUAUGUGGCCCAUUUACCUGUUGGGCCUGACCUGGUUGAUCCCGCCUCACCCAGCCAGCAGCUACAUCACCCUGGAGCUGAAGUCUAUGGGGUUCGGAACCUUCCAGGCAAACUUGCUGACUAUCCCAGCCUACGUACUGUUCAUUGUCAAUUGUUACUUCUUCUCUUGGGUGUCUGAGAAAAUAAACCAGCGCUUACUACUCGGGGCGUUUGCAGAAAUCUGGAAUUUGGCUCUAGUACUUACAUUGGAGCUACUUCCAAAGGAAACCAAUGCCUGGGCCAGAUAUGCCGUGCUCGUGCUUCUCAUUGGCAGCCCGUACAUUCAUGCCGUGAUCGUGGCCAUGACCUCGCGGAAUGCGGGAUCUGUUCGGACGCGGACUGUCGCUUCGGCCAUGUAUAACAUGACUGUGCAGGCCAGUUCGAUUAUCGCAAGUAAUAUCUAUCGCGAGAAAGACAAGCCAUAUUAUCGCACCGGCAACAAAGCACUGAUCGGGAUAUCGAUUUAUACCUUUUUAGUCUUUGUAUGCGCCAAAGUGUACUAUGCGUGGAAGAAUAGGACUCGAACGGCCAAAUGGGAUAGGAUGACUAGCGAAGAGCGCCAAACAUAUCUGGUCGCCAACCAGGCGGCUGGAAACAAGAGGCUGGACUUUAGAUUUGCAAGCUGA